AUGGCCGACAAAAGCACCCAGAAGGUUAUCCUUCUCAGCAACGAAAACUCCCAAAUCGAAGUCGAUCGCGUCGUUGCCGAGCGGUCGAUGCUUAUCAAAAACUUGAUUGAAGACCUUGGUGAUGAUGCCGUCAUGGGAACACCAAUUCCAAUCCCCAACGUCAAUGAUCCGGUUUUGCGCAAAGUCAUCGAGUGGUGUGAGCAUCAUCGCAACGAUGCUCCCCAAACUGCCGAUGAUGACAAUGACAGUCGGAAAAAGACCACCGACAUCGAUGAAUGGGAUCAGAAAUUCAUGCAGGUAGAUCAAGAAAUGCUGUUCGAGAUCAUUUUGGCUGCCAAUUACCUCGAUAUCAAGCCUCUCCUUGAUGUUGGUUGCAAGACUGUUGCGAACAUGAUCAAGGGAAAGUCUCCUGAGGAGAUCCGCAAGACUUUUAAUAUCACCAACGAUUUCACGCCUGAAGAAGAGGAGCAGAUCCGUCGUGAGAAUGAGUGGGCGGAAGAUCGUUAA